UUCGAGUAUUCAACGAAGAAAGUGUUUAAGGAACUGAAAAAGUGCAUUUUGAAGAAAAGAAUAGAUGAACAUCUUAAUUGAAUUUCGCGGAGGAGCCGAGCUGAUGUUCGACCACAUGAAACUGCACAACAUCACUUUGCCACUGCCAGAUGAGGAACAACCCCCAUGGACCAUGAAGCUGCUGCUUGACUGGAUAAAACUGAACAUGAUCAGGGAAAAUGCCGACCUCUUCAUACAGGCAGGAACCAUCAAACCUGGCAUCUUGGUGCUCAUCAAUGACGAAGACUGGGAACUUUGUGGACAAUUAGAUUAUGAAAUUCAAGACAAUGAUCAAAUAGUUUUUAUAUCUACGCUACAUGGCGGAUGAUGAUUUUUAUUCAUUAGUAUUCUAAUUUUUUUUGUGCUUCAUUUUAUUUUCAUUUUUAUUUAAAAAAAACACAUUAAAGUUAUGAUAUUUAUUUAAUAGCAUUUGCAACAAAAUAAACCCCAUUUCAUGAGAUAAUGUUAGGAAAUAAAUAUAGAGCAGUCAAAUUAAUUAUCAACAACUCAAGUAAAAACCACCUAUGUUAAUGAGAGAUUGUGCAUUCAUUGAUUAAAUUAAUCAUGUUCUUAUUGCGUAACAGUUCUUAUCGUCAUCCAAACCAAACAUGGAACAUUCAAUUUCAAAGAAAUGUCGUCAAUUCGAAAGCUUCAACUGCAAAUAUCAAACAACACACAACGUGCUAAAACAAAUGAAAAUUUUCAAUAAAGUGAUACGGCGGCCGCCGGACGAUAAUUCUGCAGUGAUAUUCAAGUUUAUUUUUUAAAUUUUCACCGUUUCGUCAAAUGUACAACUCCAUAGGCCAUAAAUUAUAAAAGUAUUAUAUGUACAAACGUUUGAAUAAAUAAAUUAGAAACAUGUUUUAUGGCCCUGAAAACAAAACAAAAUUUAUAUCAAUUGGUGUCUGCAGUUGACAGCCCACUAAACAACUUAAGAAGUGCUCAUUUAAAAAGUGAAAGAAAAUUAUUGGUAAAUCGUUAAUUUGAAAAAUGAUGGCUAUCCGUUUGCUCAUACGGACCCCAAUGCAAUUAUUUACAUGAACAUAUAGUCAGUGUAAUAAAAAUCUUUGCUAAUUUUUGUAUAUGAAUACUUGUUCGUUUACAAACAUUUUGAAAUAAAUAUUCGUGCAAAAAA